CGCCCAAAAGCACAUCAGCUGUUUCAGCACCAGGGCCCGUCACUUAUCGAUACAAGUAUAGAGAUGGACAACAAUCUCAGAACUAUUGUUUCCAAUAAGAAUCCAACGAACUGAAGAAUAAGGCAAAUAAUGGAUAUAGCCGAUCCGCCACCAACCAAACGUCCCCGGAAAACGCCCAGCCUUGACCAAGAAAUCACUGGAAUCCAGGCUAUCCUGUCAGAUGAGUUCGACGAGGAAAUUGCGCUCAUCAAGGCACACAGUUGCCAGUUGGAGACAAAGCAACAGCUGCAGGCGGUUAUCCAGGAGCUUUCCCAAAAACUGCCCCACUUCCAGCACCUGAAGCGCGUACAGGAUCGCAGCGUUCUCAUCUGCCCCAGCUCGGAGAUUGAUGGGUCCAUAACCCUGGAACAGCACCUCGAACAGUUUGCCUUCUCGGAGCACGUGCUCCGUGCUCUUUGCCAGGGAGUCCGGGUGGUGGAAGUUCCGGAGAGAAUGCCCCGCCUGCGAGUGCAGUACGAAAAGACUAUCCAGCACUGGCCCUGCAAGUUUCACCCGAAUCACUACUCGGAAUCGUUGCGAAAUGGCACAAACUUCAGUUCCGCACAACGAAUCUUCCACAAGAGGAUGGCCCAGCUUUUGAUGCGUCUCUCACGGGAUGUAAAUGCCAACCGGCCAGUGGGCAUCUGCGUGGAUCCACGGCAGCCAAGCAUAGUAGCUAUAGCUGGAGCCGAUGAGUCCCCAAGCCCACAUGAACAUUGCGGCAUGCUCCUGGUGGACUAUGUGGCCCGAAGUCAAGAAGGAGGCGCCACAAAAUCGGAGCUCACAUUCACUGAGGAUUCUGAUGAGAAGGAAUCAUCUCUGCGAGGAAUACCUAAAGCCUACUACGAUUACCUGAGAAAAGAUGAGAACAACAAAGAUCUAAAUUUUGGAGCAGAAAAGUCGAGGGAAUGCAAUGAAGAACACAAACUUGAAGGAGCAGAUAACCUUGCCAAAUUUGGCCCCUAUCUGUGCACCGGCUACGAUAUAUACCUUCUGCAGGAACCCUGUCUUAUGUGCUCCAUGGCCCUGGUGCAUAGCCGAGCGAAAAGGGUAUUCUUUUUGAGAAAUUCGGAGAAUGGAGCUCUGGCCACGAGAUUUCGGCUGCAAUCGGUGCGAGAACUGAACCAUCACUACGAGGUUUUCCAAUUCACAACCAACGAAGACAAAGACUUGACGUAACAUUUAACAGACCUUGUUUUAAUAAAGCAUUUUAUAGGAUAUCUUC